CCAAGGAUACCAAACAAAAACACAACCCCAUAAAUGGGCACGUACGUCAGCGGAACUCCUAGGCGGGACUUCGUAUCCUUUACAAUGCUUCUCUCGUACUCCAUGGCUUCAUUCAUAAGACAAGACUCGCUUCUGUGGACUGUGACUCUAUAUCGCUGAUCAGUUUACACAUAGUGGACUUUUACAUGGAUCUAUCAUUGCACAUUGUAAAAAGGGGACAUUGGACACAUUUUAGCGGAUUCUGAAUAGGAUCGAUGAGUUUUUAAAAAUCCGAAACGUAAGGACUGUUUCCAUAGCAGCGAACUGGAUUUCCUUCUCCAUGCAACUUUUUUGGAAAGAGACCAAUCGCAUCUUACCGGAGCCCAAUAAGGAACACAUUAACGCAGGUGACAUCACACUCACUCCGGGAACUGUAGGUUUCACUCUCGGCUCCGCCCGGGAAAUGUUCCAAGGGUUCCCCGGUGACUUUGAUUCCGUCUCCCGUGGAAGUUCGUCCCCGUCUAUUGAGUCUCAGUACUUUUCCUCCGUGGACUCCUUCGGGAGCCCGCCGGCCAGUGCCUCACAGGAUUGUGUGUCUGCUGGAGGCGGGGACGGGGUAGGCAGUGGUUCCGGGGGCAGCAGUGGAGGAGUGGAUAUGCCAGGCUCCUUUGUGCCCACAGUCACAGCCAUCACCAGCAGCCAGGACCUGCAGUGGAUGGUGCAGCCAACUCUCAUCUCGUCCCAGGCCUCUGGCCAAAGUGGGGCGGGGACCUCGACUAUGGCCCAGUCGGUGUCCCUGGUAGACCCUUAUGAUCUGCCAGGGCCCAGUUAUUCCUCUGGCUCAGGUUUUACUCCCGCAGGCUCUGACACCCCGGGGCAAGGCCCAGCCCCGGGCCCCGCCCGUCAGUCCAGGGCCCGUAGCCGCCGUGUACGAGACGAGUCUGUGAGUGACGAUGGAGAUGUUGGUGUGUUUUUGACUCCAGAGGAGCAGGAGAAGAGGCGUGUUCGGCGCGAGAGGAACAAGCUGGCAGCCGCCAAAUGCCGAAACCGCCGGCGCGAACUCACUGACCGACUGCAGGGGGAGACUGACAUCCUGGAGGAGGAGAAGUCUGAGCUGGAGGCUGAGAUCUCUGAGCUGCAGAAGGAGAAGGAGCGCCUGGAGUUUGUCCUUGUGGCUCACCAGUCCAGCUGCAAGAUCCCCUACCAGGAGCAACAGGCCUCAGGCUCCACACAGCUCCAGCAUCAGCCCCUACUGCCCCAACAGGCCCCCGUCUCCAUCGUGGGCUUGACUGUGGAGGACACUUUCUACCUGCCUCCCGCCUACACCUCGCAGCCUUCUACUUCGCAGCAGCAGCAGCAACAACAGCAGCAGCAGGUUCAUCCGCAGCAGCAACAGCAGCAGGUUCAUCCGCAGCAGCAGGUUCAUCCGCAGCCGGGGAUGAUGCAGGAGGUAGCGUUUUCUAGUUCUUUCUAUGGCUCAAGCGAGCCUGCGCCGGGUGAGGGUGGUGGUCACCACGAUGGCGCGGCCGCUGGCAGCUACAACCCUUCAUACACAUCUUCAUUUGUGUUCAGCUACCCAGAGGGAGCCUGCGGGGUCAGCGCUAACCAGAGAAACAGCAGCAGCGAGCAGUCCUCUGAUUCCCUGAACUCGCCCUCGCUGCUCGCUCUCUGACUGACCGACAGACACACCACACCACACGCGCGCACACACACACCCCCCCUGUGUCAAUCACCAGUUGCUCAAAAAAACAGUUGCCCAUGAUAGACGAGGUCAACAACAUGGAUAACAUACAUUAUAUGAUGAUCCAUACAAACUCACACACUCAGACCUGAAAAAACAUGAAAUCAAACCAAGUUUGACCACAUUGCAUUUAGUGCAUAUAAGCCACUGUUGUCCUUAUGAGAAAACUAAACGUAACUAAACCAAGUAUUUAAAGUGAAUUCAAAUUGAGUCUAAAACUCUGGGCUCUGAGUUGUCAGUCGAUCUCUGAAACAUCCUCUGACAUCAUACCCAGCUUAAUUCACAAUGAAUCUGUCAACGUCUUGUGACGUGCACGUCCAGUGCACACAGGAAAUAGCAACAUGCUCACCUGUGAUCUCACAAGCACACUUAUCCUCCCCGUCGUUCCCUCUGUCGGUCAUUCCUCUCUCACUGCUCCUGCUCUCAUCUUUUUCAUCCCUCUCUUCAUGCUGAAUGUAUUUGUGCAAGCUGAAAUAGGGAAGAAGGACUGAGGUUUGGGUCUUUUUUUUUUUGUGAAGCCAGACUGCUGAGCUCUUGCUCUCCCCUCCCGCCUUCCUCAUCCUCUCGGUUCCUCUUGCUUCUUCGUCAUUAGUUGUGACUUGGAAAGGGAAGGGCGUCACAGCCUCCAGCUAUCUGUCUCUUUCUCUUUUUAUCCUGCCGUCUGCUCUUCGUCCAUCUCUCCAUCUUUGUUUCUCUCCUCUGUGUGUCUCUCUCUGUCUCUUUGAAGUCUUCGAACCCUGAGAGCACGCCGAGCCCUUCCAGCCCCUGGGACCUUGACUGAGCGCCGGCCCACCUCACACGUCCCACACGGACGCGGACGCACCCCCAACUGAGGAGCCCUGGAGUAUUUCGCUCAAAGCAGACAAAAUCAAAAACACACACACACACACACACACACUGAAAAUACACCAAAUUUGAUGGAGACAAAUGUAAAAGAGUUGUCACUCUUUUCUUUCUUCUCCUGAGCCAUUGUUGGAUGUUGAAACGAUGGAGAUGAAAGGAGACUUGUGUUGUGACGGUGAGAUGAGGACGGCGGGAGAAUAAUGAGAGAUGAGGCUUUAGCCAAGGUAGAGGUCUAGAGGGAGAGCUGAAACUUUGGCAGAGAGAGAGAGGAUGAGCCCCCUGUACUCGUAAGCCUGAAUUGAAUUUAAAACAAUCCCAAAAAAUCCUGCUUUUGCCAACGGUAUGGGAUGGGUUACCUCUUACCUGCAGAGUACCACCGCCAUACUUCAAGCAUCUGGAUUGUCCUCCACUUGUUACUGAUACUAUUUUGUAUAAUGUUCUUCACCCUCCUUUAUCACCAAGUAUUUUCGGUUGUUGUUUCUAAGUCUAACCUUUGACCAGAGAAAAUAUCACAGUGAGAAAAAAAACAUUGAGAGAGGAAUGUACUUUUGGUAAAGUGCUUUUGUCGGACAUGAGUCUGUUGGUAACCAAUAUGUUUAAAAAAAUAAAUAUUUUACUUUUAAGGAAUAUUCAACCAACCUCUGAACAUUGGGAUGAGUGGCCUCUGUGCCUCUCCUAGUGGGAGGUGCAUUUAUUGUGAGUGUAUCCCACUCUGAGCCACUUGGCCCGCUUAUUUAUUUCUUGAUUGAGGUUGACAUGAUGAGAGAGAGCACAAUACGGAGCCGGACACACAGAGGGGACAAGAGGAGGGGGUGUUUUAUGAGUAUGUGCGUUCUACAUUUUGUCUGUGAAUUUGUUCCUUUUUUUUCCAGUGACAUUUGUUAUGUUUUACGUUUGAGUCUUUUGUUGUUGCUUUGUCCUCCGCUCUUACCUGUGUUGUCGCUGCCAGCGGUUCUUGUUCUUACAGGGGAGGUUUUCCCCUUAAUGUUACAUUUACUGGUGCAUUGUAACUAAUUAUUGUGUUAUUAUGUUCUUUUUUUAUCUUAGUUUUGGCAACUUCAGAGGCAUGAUGUGCACUAUAAAGACAUUUUCUACGUGUCAAAAGUAUACUUAAAAGCAUAUGCAUAUAGAUACAAAAAAAAUGUGUAUAUUUAAGUCUAUGUACAAUUAUUGUGAAGUAUGAAUGUUUGAAAAUAUAAAUGGGAUAUUUUUGUCAAUGAAGAAACAGAGGUGCCGUUGUUGAGGCUGGUUUUAAAAUUGAUAUUUUUCUAAAAGAACGAAGAUUUAUAAAAAAAAAAAUGAUGAAAAAAAACCAUAAUACUUAACCAUUCCCUCAAUAUGACGCACAUUAUCACUGCCUGUGCUCAUAUGUUUUACAUAUAAAGCACAUUAUUCAGGAUAACUAUAUCUAACAUGUGAUGCUGCAUGUAUUGCAGUUUGCCAAUAUGAUGAGAUUAUUGAGGUGGUGCUAUUGCCUUUUUGCUUUCACAUUUGCCUGUUUGUUUGUUUUUCUCUGCGAGGUCAGUCCCGAUGCCUAUGCCACCAAAGCUUAAUGUCACCACUUAGUCUCCUACGGACCCAAAAUGAGGAAACUAGUAUGAAUUGAAUGUCAAAAUACAUAUUAAAAUAUUAAUGAUGCAAAUCAUUUUUUAUUGAAUGUUUUUGUUGAGAACAGUCUGUCAGUCCAGUGUCCAUUCCUGUUCAAUAAAGUAGUUAUCGUAGUUAUCGUGUGAUUUGAACAACAGACAUUUUUGGAGAGCUUUUCGAGAGUUUUGCUCUCAUAAAAAAAAGAAUCACCUCACAGUAGUUAUUGUUGCAUAACUUGUGAUUGUGAAAAAAAAAUGUCUGACUUAUCAUUAGAUGGGCUAAAGUCUUAGUUGUGAAUUGAAAAGAGGGCCCCUCCAAUUUUAUUGUGAAGCAAAAAAAAUGUAACUUAAGUGCCAGGCUUCAAGUGGUACGACAAGGGACAGGCCUCAUAUGCCUAUUUUGAGUGACGAACUUCCAUGCCUUUUGAUUUCCUUCCAUGAACCUACCGUGGCAUUGUUGAUGAUGUGUGAAAGGGGUUUACACUGAUAGAUGGCACGGUCUGGAUAACUAUGGCUCGUGUACAGAAUGGUUUUGUGGUGCUACUUCUAGUAUAUCAGAUGAACUUAUCAUAGAACAUCCUGUUCUGGCAAAUUCACUUACAACUUAUCAGUGAUGAGGUCCAUGGGUCCUGCUCCAUCAAAACCGCUCGAAGAGUCUCCAGAGUUGGGCAAAAAUAUACCACGGUUCUUCCAUGGAAUGAGAGCAUGUUUGAAUAUUCAUUCCGCCAAUAUUCUUCUUAUUUCACGCCCGAAACAGUGUCACAUUGAUAUCUUGAAUUCCAACCAUGCGUUCUCUUAGAGAAUGUUAUGUCAUUUUUGUCUUACCCCGGAAACUCAGUUACCGGUUUGGAAGAAUUCACACAAAUGUCAGCACCGGACAGAUCAGGAAAUUAGGUCUAGUUCACAUAAGUCUAAUUUUCUAAUCUGUACCAUCCAAGAGAGAGAAUGAGAGAGGCAGAAAGGUAAAGACAGAGAAAUAGAGAGGAGGAUAAUUGAGGUGGCAGAGGGAGAGGGAGAGAACUUCCUUUUUGGAACUUCCUUUUCUAACAAUCCAAGUUGAGAUGGGCCAUGGACAUAUGUAGCAAUGAUGAAAUAAACUGAGUAACUUUGUUGUAUCAGUGAACCUGCCUUCAUACAAAUACCUCCAUACAAGAUUGACUGGAACAGACAAGAGGUCUUUUACCAUUUGCGUGGUUGAUAAAUGCCUUAUUUUUUCCACGAGUUGCAAACUUGCAAUGUUAUGUACUGCAAUUGAAACACUCAUAUCCUCUAGGAUAGACAUGUAUCAAAUCAUAUGAAAAGCUUCAUUUACACCGUGCCAGAAGUCUUCUGGCGCUCUCUUUCUGCUAUGCUACGUGUCCAGUGUGAUCAUGUAUUGUUGGGAUCUUCCACCCCUAUUAUAAACUGUACCGUGAUCUUUCAUUCACAUAGCCCGGUAUCUAUGUUUGGGCCAAGAGGUCUUGACCUAAUUGAGUGGAGGUUGAGGGGCAGACCUUGAUUAUAAAUAUAUGACUCUUCAAGAAAUUUUUCAAAACCCUUCAUUUUUUGCAUUUUCCUUUGAUGCCUUGUGACUGAUAUUUUUGUAAUUUCCUUCAAUAGAACCUUUGUCUUUUCCUCGAAUGCCUUCUCUAGAAAGUUUAUUUCUGACUUUAUAUGUGAACAGAUGUUUGUCUUUUUCUGUGAAGCAAUGGUUGCAUUGUUGUGAUCAGCAGUGACUAAUGAAAAUGGACCCGGAAAUUUUACGGGAAUUUAUACUCAAGACAUUUUGAGACUAUUUGUAACAGCUGAGGCCCAAAACUAAAUAGGGUUUAGGCCUACCUGGUUAAAUAAAGGUGAAAUAAAAAUAAAAUAAAUAAAACAUCUCAA